GCCAAUUUAAUUAGUUAUAUGUAAUAGUUUUGUAAUUAUAACACAAUUAUUAAGAUAGUCAACCUGUCUUGAUCUUGAAUCAUAAUGGAGGCUUCUUUGUCUAUUUGUUCUGAUGAAUUGCGGGAAAUCUUUUGUGAACCUUGCGGCAAGGAUCGACAAACAAACUUAGCAGAAGGAUUUUGUGCUGACUGCUCUGAAUAUUUAUGUGGUCUGUGUUAUAAGUAUCACAAGCGCUUUAGGCAAUUUGAACACCAUGUUCUACAAGAUAAAAACAGCAUGCCUUUUGAUCCAAUGCAUACUGUAUCGGACUCGGCAAUGUCGAAAGAUGUCUGUAUUACAAAGUGUCGGACACACACCGAUAAAGUUGUGGAAUAUAUCUGCAUGUCCUGUGAUCUAGUUGGAUGUCACGACUGCAUUACGAACGAUCAUGAAUUAUGCGAAAGUGUAAGACAUAUUCCGAUCGAAGUGAAAAAAUCUAAGACAUCAGUAGAAAUUCAAGGCUUUGCAAGAAAACUGGAUGCGAUGAAUGAAAAUGUCAAGGAGUUACAGAACAAGAUUUCCAAGAAUUUCCAUGUUUCCGACGGUAUGACCAAGACAGCCCUUUCAGACCUUGGUCAACAGAAAGAACAGCUUUUAACUUUUUUUGAGCGCCUCUUUGAAAAGAUCAAAUCGGAUCUAAAAGAAAAACAAAACACAGAUAAUCAAGUAUUCACAGAUUGUCUGAAAGAAUUGACAAUUCUACACACGGAUUUGCAGGAAAAGAUAGCCAGGAUGAGUAAUUUAGAGAAAAUUAAUCAAACUUGUGAAAUUUUCAUUUUUAUGAAAGACACACAAACAUUAUUAAAAAAUAUGAAGAGUGACAUGGAGAAAAUUUCCAGAAAUGGACAAGAGACGGCUGUCAGAUACGAUCGAUCUAUAGAGAUUGACGAUAUUAAAGACGAGAUUGCAGAUGUUGGAUAUCUGGUAUUCGGUGAAUCUGUCAAGAAUAAGACAAAGAUCGACUCGAAGGAAACAAGGAUGGAAAAAGUAAUCAACAGUUUAAACCUUGAAAAUCAGGAUCUCAAGAAUGACAUUGGUAGGAUGCAGGCUCAAGUAAAUGACCUUUGCAAACAAAAUACCCAGUUAAAAACACAGGUAGACAAAGAAAAAACGGUAUUGAACACCGAGAUUCAAAACCUCAAACAGGGCUAUGAAGCAAGACGACGUGAAAAAGAUGAAGCACUACGUCAAAUGGAAAGAGAAUUACGUACAAAAGAGACCCAACUCAAACAUGAACAAGAAGAACUACGUAGAAUACAAGAGAUACUACGUUCAAAAGAAGAACUCCGCAAAAAAGAUCAAAAAGAACUAAAUAAAGUGAAAGAAGAAAUACGAAACAAGCAACAAAAAAUAGAUCAACUGAACAAAGAACUGAAUGAGGAAGAAGAAGAGUAA